AUGUUAAGGAAAUAUCUUCAAAAUAAAAGGACAUGCUCAUUGCUAAGAUUAGCAAGGCUGAAAAGUACUGUUUCUGGCUUUUCACGGCAAGAUAUGGAAUUUGCUAACGACGGUUCCGGAUCAAGACAGAGGGAUAGUAAUGGCAGGUACAGCCAAAAAGCGGGAUUUUUAGUGACUGAUGAUCUUGGUUAUAGUGCAAAUGUUAUUGAAAGAGACGACUUGCAACAAAAAGGAUUUAUUGGGCCCUAUCGCAGACCUAACGGAGAACUUAUACAUGGUUCAAGCGCAAAAGAAGCACGAUUACUCGAAAAGACGCUUGCCGGAAAAAGUCCAGGUCAACAGGUCACCCUGAACUCUGAAGUAUCGAAGGCUAUUAAUAACAAUAUUCUAAGCCUGCAUGUUCCGAACAAUCUGAGGAGAGCAGUGGCAGACUACUUCGUAGAGCUUAAUCAAAGUAAAUUGCAUAGACCUGCGCGUACACUUUUGGAAGUAGAUGGACAUGUUUCUUCUAUUUUUCUACAAAACUAUGGUGCCAUUUAUCAAUCUCUAAGUGAAUUGAAGAAACGUCUAGGUCCAAAAUUCAAUCCACGUCGUGUUCUAGAUGUAGGAUUCGGACCAGCAACUGGAAUAGUCGCAUUUAAUGAUUUAAUGGGCCCGGAAUUCAGAUGUGAUUCGAAGGAAGCAGUGAUUUUUGGCCACAUUGAAAUGCAAAAGAGGGCGAAGAUCAUUUUGAGUAGACAGCUCAAUGAGAUUCCAGAGGGCUCUACAGUUAAUGACGAAAAAUCUGGUGACGAAAUAAACGAUAAGAAACUUGAUGAUGACAAUAUAACUGAAGAAAGUGAUUUAGUGGGAGAGGUAAUGACGAAGCGAAUCAAAAUUGCAACUAAAUUGAGAGAUAAAGCCCCAGGUUCCAAAGACUAUGAUCUGAUAAUUUUAACUCAUCAACUCCUCAGGACCGAGGAAAAAUUCCCCAUUGAAGUCGAUAGUAAUUUAGAGCACUAUUUGAAACUUCUAUCACCAGGGGGGCAUCUUGUUAUAGUAGAGCGCGGAAAUCCGCUAGGGUUUGAAAUAGUAGCGAGAGCUAGACAAAUUAUGCUCAGACCUGAAAAUUAUCCCAAUGAGCACGGUAAGAUACCACGGCCGUGGAAGAGGGGUUCAUCUAUGAAAAUAAGACAAAACCUGCACGAAAACGUUGGAGGGAUUUCUAAACUUGACGGUGAGGUCAAUGAUUUGGUUGAGGAGCUGAAUGAAAAGUUCGGGAAAGUGAGUGAUGAAGAAUUGAAGUUCGAGCCAGAACUUUUAGAGUCAUUGCAAGAGGAAGUUGAGCAGUCUAAAAGCGAAGAUUAUCAUCUCACAGUUUUGGCUCCCUGCCCUCAUCAACGUAAAUGUCCACUUCAAGUUGGCAAGCCGCAGUACUACGAAUAUCAGGAAGGCAAGUCGCUCAAAUUUUGCAAUUUCCAAAAAUCAGUCUUAAGGCCAAAAUUUAAUACAGAGCUUAAGAAAGGCAGGCUGUUAGCCACAAGAUGGCAAACAAAAUCCGAUGGCAUUGGAAUCAAAGGCCUUGCUCAACCCGGAACUGGUAGGCCGUAUGGCAGAAAUGAUGAAAUAUUAAAUUAUUCUUAUUUGAUUAUGGAAAGGUCACAAAACGACCCUAUAACUAUCCAAAACAUAAAGAAAGCACGAGAGCAGUCAGAAGUCCAAUAUACGAUCGGAUCAUUGGGUGACGAUACCCCUAACACAUGGCCUCGUAUCAUAAAACAACCUGUAAAGAGAAAGGGGCAUGUUAUCCUAGAUUUAUGUGGUUCAUCAGGGCAACUAGAAAAAUGGACGGUACCUAAAUCCCUAUCCAAAGACAUCUAUCAUGAUGCACGCAAGUCUGUGAAAGGAGAUUUAUGGCCUCUUGGGGCAAAAACAAAGAUGAAGGGCAUGGGAAACUUGAAUGUGGCCAAGUUUGAGCAGCUUGAGAAGGAAAGAAUUCGUGAGGCAAGAAAAGUUGCUAAAAAGCAGGAUAGGCUGAUCAACGAAGCAGUUAAUGAGCUGGAUCAUUCGGAAAAAGGGGAAGCAUCAGAAGCUAUUGGUGUUCUAUCUACCUUAUAUGGAAGAGAAUUUGAUCGUGCAGACAAGAAAAGAUAUGGUAAAUACCAGAAAAAGCAGAUGAUUACUGACAAUAUUUAA